AACAAGCUGCUGGUAAAACAUUAAACGAAGAAGCAGAAGAGCGACUCACUUGAUUGGUCCAAACUUUCGCGGAUUUUAUAUUUCGUCAUUGUUCUAUUUUUUUCCUGCCUCGUGAUUAAAGUUUCGCUUUUGUCAGCGACGGAAGCUUCUCUUCCUGCUUCUUAGAUCAUCACUGCAACAACAACAACAACAACAAUAACAACCAUGUCUUUAACAAACGGCAACAAUAUCACCAAAGAAACAUGGGAUUCUCACAACAAGAUGAUGUUGGAGCCACUGGCUGUCAAUGACUCGGAGGUUUUCUCCAUCAUCAAGAAAGAGAAGCACCGUCAGACAUAUGGACUGGAACUGAUUGCAUCCGAGAACUUCACUAGCAGAGCUGUUCUAGAGGCUCUGGGUUCUUGUAUGAACAACAAGUACUCUGAAGGAUAUCCCGGUCAGAGGUACUACGGCGGUACGGAGCAUGUUGACGAGUUGGAGAGACUCUGCCAGAAGAGGGCGCUAGAGGCUUACGGUCUGGAGUCUGAGAGAUGGGGAGUGAACGUGCAGCCAUAUUCCGGUUCUCCGGCCAACUUUGCCAUCUACACUGCCAUUGUGGAGCCCCAUGGUCGCAUCAUGGGUCUGGAUCUUCCAGAUGGAGGUCAUUUAACGCACGGCUUCAUGACGGAGAAGAAGAAAAUUUCGGCGACAUCCAUCUUCUUUGAGUCCAUGCCUUAUAAGGUGAACCCAGAAACCGGUUACAUCGACUACGACCGACUGCAAGAAAACGCACGUCUCUUCCACCCCAAGCUCAUCAUUGCAGGAACUAGUUGUUAUUCCCGCAAUAUCGACUACGCCCGCAUGAGGCAGAUCGCCAACGAGAACGGUGCAUUUCUGAUGGCAGACAUGGCGCACAUCAGUGGCUUGGUAGCCGCCGGUGUCGUGCCUUCACCCUUUGACUGCUGUGACAUUGUUUCCACGACAACGCACAAAACGCUGCGUGGCUGCAGAGCUGGAUUGAUUUUUUUCAGGAAAGGUCUACGAAGCGUGGACGCUAAGGGGAAGGAGAUCAUGUACAAUCUUGAGUCCUUAAUCAAUCAGGCUGUGUUUCCAGGGCUACAAGGCGGACCACACAACCACGCCAUUGCAGGUGUCGCUGUAGCACUCAAACAAGCCAUGACGCCUGAGUUCAAAGCUUACCAGACGCAGGUUCUUGUCAACUGCAAAGCGUUGUCCGAAGCCCUCGUUCAGCACGGCUACAAGAUUGUCACUGGUGGUUCUGACAAUCAUCUCAUCCUGCUGGACCUGCGUGGCAAAGGAACCGAUGGAGGGAGAGCUGAGAAGGUCCUGGAAGCAUGCGCUAUUGCUUGUAAUAAAAACACCUGCCCAGGGGACAAGAGUGCUUUGCGCCCCAGUGGACUAAGAUUUGGCUCUCCAGCUCUGACCUCCAGAGGCAUGGUGGAAGAUGACUUUAGGAAGGUGGCAGCGUUCAUUCACAGAGCCAUUGAGUUGACCUUGGAGGUGCAAAGAAGUCUGGAUCCCAAAGCCCCUCUGAAGGAGUUCAUCCAGGCAUUAGCCCAGGAAGAGAAGUUUCAGCAGCGUGUAGCAGAGAUCAGGACUGAGGUGGAGGCUUUCGCCAGCCAUUUCCCCAUGCCUGGUCUCCCUGAGCUGUAGAGCAUUGAUGGCCUUCCAGAUACGGGGGUAUCUGGACUGAUAAUCACGGCAGAUAUUACACAUGUUGGAGGUCUUAAUUUGUGAUACAUGGCUGAUCUUUCCGUUCAGGAUUUUUUGUGCUUUCCUCUACUGCAGCUUUGGCUGCAUUUAAGCUUUAAAGGUCAGAGAAAUUUCCACAUCUUUUGUAUUCUCUCUAAACACUCUGAAAUUUUCUUCCAGGGCAGUUGUGCAGAUUGUUGCAUUAAGUAUGACAAUCAGUUUUUGUCAAUUAUACUGUACACCAUAUCAUCAACACCAGGGUAUAUGGAAUGUAUUUAAAAUACAGCCAAUAAAAUCUAAUUGUUUGAAUAAA